AUGUCAGGCUAUUUAGAGGUGAAGUACCCUUUAAAGUCAAACCUAGGCCUGAAUCCUUUCAAGUCGUGGAGGAGACAAUGGUGUAUACUGCGGCCAAGUGCAACUUGUGGUGGUGGAUCCCUAGCUGUGUACUGCAGCGAAGCGGGUGCUCCAGCGGGGACAGUAGAGCUUCCCUCUGGUUGUGUUGUGAAACGAGCAAAGUCUCGCACGAGACCGCAUGCGUUCGCCGUGUUUUCUGUUGAAGAGCCCUACAAACCUCGCGUGUUGCUCGCAGCAUCUUCUCAUAACGAUGCUCAGCUUUGGAUGGAUAAAAUUCGAAAUUUAUUGAGUAGUGAUAAACUAUUAGGCGACAGCUUACUCAAAGAUUCGUACUCGGUGACGGUGAUGAACACGGAUCUGUCGCGGAAGUGCGGGCUGGGCGGUGCGGACUGUGCGGUGUCGCUGGCGGGCGCAGGGCUCCUGGUGGCGAAGCCCCGGGCUCUCGCGGCGCUGCUGCCCUGGAAGCAUCUCACAGAUGCUCGGCUUUCGGACGCCGGCUGCGAUAAGAACACUUGUAUUCUUUCGCUCGAUAGCGGGUUCAAACACGGCAGUGGAGUGAUGAAAAUGUGGACGCCGAUGGCGAGCGAGCUGGUGUCGAAUGUUCGUGACGCGCUGCAGUUGCACGACAAGCGCGACAAUAAGUUCGACAACAUGUUCGGCAACACGCUCAGCAACUACCGCGACAACAAGCUCAGCCGUAGCGAUGGCGAUCUCAGCACACACAAGACUGACGACUCAGAUGAAGUUCGUCGCAGCAGCUGGUACAGCGGCCCGUCGGAAGUAUCACUGGACGACACUGAUCUCAUCAUGUCCAAGGAAGCUCAUCGCAUUGGCAGCGGCACGCUCGCUUUGAGGGCCCGGGCACUUCUGCAUCUCGCUCCCUACGGAACGUAUAACGACAGUGCGUCGGACCGUCGUUCAGUGGCGUCGAUUGCGUCGGGAGUGUACGAGGAGAUCUCGGAGGAGCCGCCGCGCACCUGCAGUGACGUGCAGACGCUGGAGAAUCUGGAGAAGUUGGAGCAGCUGGAGAAGUUGGAGCAACUGGAGAAGCUGGAACAGUUGGAGGAGCCUACGUACGAGUCAGUGGCGGAGUGCAUCUACGCCACAAUGCGGAGACACAAAAGAUGCCCACCGCCACCAUUACCACCGCGACAGCAAUUCGGCACGAUGAAGCUAUGCUCAGAGUGGGGCGUGGGCGUGGGCACGUGUGGGCGGGGGGGCGGGGGAGCCUGCGUGACGCGGCACAGCUCGCUGGGCUCGCUGCCGCGCUGCUGCACGCGCACGCUGCCCAAGCCCGCCAGGCAGCCCUUCAGCGUGUUCAGCUCGCUGGGCUCGCUGCCGCGCUGCUGCACGCGCACGCUGCCCAAGCCCGCCAGGCAGCCCUUCAGCGUGUUCAGGAAAAGACUUAAAAGCGAUUCCCGGAUAGCAAGCUCACCGAAAUCAGAAACCGCAAAAGAAAUCAAGGAUGUGGAAACGAAGAAGAAGAAGUUUGAGUUCCCGCCGACACGGGACUUGUUUAAAAGCUUUAAAGUGAGUAAGAAGAUGAAAAAUCUCAAGAUAACCUCAGGACUCGGCAAGGGUGAGACGAAGAGCUGCGAGUUCUUAGAUGAGACCCAACAUGUCACUACGAACAGGUGCUCCAAAUCAGUGGAGUGUUUAGAGGGGAACGACGAAUUCUUGGACGAGUUUGACGGGGACAUUUCUUUAAAUAUCAAUGACGAAGGAUUAGCAGCUUUAGCUUUGCCGCAAGAAAUAGUCGAGUUCAUACUAAGGGGACGGGAUCAGUUCAGCAAGAUAAGAUUAAAAGACACAGAGGUGGAGAGUGCAUACAUGCCAAUGUCCCCAAUAGUCCCGCCUCCGCCCAUAGAGCAUCACUACAUAGUGAUGUCGCCGAGGACGAAUCUCGCUUGA